AUGAAUUUCGAAAAACUCGUUCGAUUUGAACAUGGGGGUGUUGUAUCCUAUGGAGACCUCCAGGCCGAGGAGGAUGGCCAAUACACUGUGAAGCCACUUGAUGGAACGCCCUUCACUACGCUGAAAGCGAAGAAUGUUCCCCCGGUUCGUGUGGAGAAGCUACUUUGCCCGCUCGAAGGUACUCCAAUCAUCAUCUGUGUCGGUCUCAAUUAUCGAAAACACGCCACGGACGCAAAUAUUCCUGUGCCGAAAUACCCGGUCAUCUUUACCAAGCCUCCAACUGCGUUACACGGUCCCAACGAAAUCGUCUCCAUCCACUCAACAUGUCAAACUCAUCUCGACUAUGAAGGCGAACUGACGUUUGUCACUUCUAAAGAUUUGAAGAACCUUCCAUUGACUGGUGACUUUGACCUCUCUGAUUACGUCCUUGGAUAUACGGCCGGCAACGACAUCUCGGCACGUAAUUUCCAGGACCCAAAGGUCAGCGGUGGCCAAUUCUGUUAUGCCAAAUCAUUCGACGGUUUUGCCCCUAUUGGACCGUACAUAGUUAAUUCUCGCCUUAUUCCGGAUCCUCAAAAACUGCACUAUACAACCAAAGUAAAUGGAGAAGAGAGGCAAUCGACUGGCACGGACGACAUGAUCUGGAGCGUCAAAGAAAUCUUGAGACAUUGCAGUCAAGGCACUACGAUCAAGGCUGGCACGGUGUUCAUGAGUGGGACACCUAGUGGUGUGGGCAUAUUUUGUGAUGGACUGUUAAAGGAUGGAGACAUCGUCGAGGUAGACAUAGGAGGUGUAGGCAACUUAGUUUCUACAAUUAAGUUUGAGAAGCAAGAUGCGAAUUUGUAG